AUGGACUUGGGAAUUUUGUGGAGUUUACCACUAAGUGAUUUGCAAGUAAUUGGAGAACGACUGAGUAAUAGCGUCAGUGAUCUUCGAUUGCUAGUGAAUGAUCUGCAAUCUGAAAAUAAGAGACUACUUCAAGGGUAUUCUGACUUAAAAGCACACAUUGAAUACUUACUAUCAAGGGAGCAGAUAUUAACAGAUAAUUUAUUUCGAGACAUACUUAAUUUAAAUAACCGUAGUAGUUUAAAUUUAGAUGCACCAAACCUUAAAAUCUUGGAUGAAUCGACUCCAGAAUGUACAACCUGCACAGAACAGAUGGGUUUAGAUGCAGUUGAAUUAGGAAAAUUGACAGGAAGACGACUUAAUAAAACUUGUUCAUUAAAUACUACAAACAAUUCUAUAUGUUUGAAACAAAAGCUCCUUACCACUAUAAAGGAAACUCCAAUUGUUGGUAAAGAUGAAUGCAACAUAUUAUAUACACAAGACCAAGGGAGAGCCACUACUACUGCAACAUCUAAACUUGAAAUUUCACAUUACAUCUUUAAAGGGUCAGAUCUGGAAUAUGAACUUAAGUUGCAGAUAGACGAGUAUACUUGUGCAUUGAUUAAAUUUGAUGGUAAAUUAGGAGAGGAAAUGUUAAAUGAGUUAGUAGAUGAGAUUAUUAGAGAGGUGCGAGUCAAACCUAUAUAUAAAAGUAUACUAAUACAAUUAAUAAAACACUUUAAAGACAGCGGGGUAUUCACAUCUGAAAUUGAUCUUGCAGACCUGGACCCCUGGGAAACAUACUGCUAA